AUGUUAUGGCAUUGCCUUAUAGGGUGCCUCAAAGAGUUCAAGAAGAUAUCGGAUGGAGAGAAGCUCACAGCCUUCAAGGGUUUGUUGAAAGCAUACCAGACCGAGAUAGACAGUCUCACAAAACGGUUAAAGACUGCGGAGAAUGCCUUCUUGAAUGUGUACAAGGUUCUCGCCGAAGCUCCGGACCCUUACCCUCUCCUUGAGGCUGCUGUAGACCAAACUGUCAAGGUGGCAGAGGCCCGUGAACUUGAAGCUGAGUUGCAGCGCGCCCGGGAAGAGAACGCCGAGCUGCGGAAACGCUUGAAUGAAAAUACAUCUCUCGAGAACGCGAACCGAUUCACGUAUGAAGCAACUUGA